AUGGUGUGGGCAGCCCCGGCCCCGGUAGCCAUCGCUCUCUGCCUCCGUGAGUUACAUCUUGCUGCCCUGAUCAUCGGAGCCGUCCUGUCUGCCACUGAGCAACACGCCGACCUCGGGGUGCUGGUGUGCGACAUGGAGCCAGAGACCAUCACCGCCUCGGACCCCAGCGUCCUGGAGAAUCUGAAGCUCUGCCCAGCACUGACGGGGGCCCAGCGGGACGCCCUCAACACCGUGCUCCUCGGGGGGGGCACAGUGUACGGGGAUCCUUCGAGCUGGGAUUUACGGAGUCUGCAAAAUUUGGGGCCGCUUGUGCUGGCAUUGAACCAGACCACGCUGAGCUUGGUGGCCGAGGCAGCGCGGGAGGCUUUCGGCAGGAGCAUCGUGGCCGCAUACAGCAGCCAGGGACGUUCCCAGCGGGAGAAGUCCCUGACCCUCCUCAGGGCCUUCACAGCAGCGUCAGCUUCGUCUCAUCCCAGGCUGAAGCGGAGCGCAGACCGUGAGCGUUUCCCUUCACCGCAGCCACGGGAAUACAGCAGCAGCAGCAGCCGGGAAGGAGCCGGGGUGGGGGGAGAAAACUCCUGGGCAGGGGCAGCACGAGGGAAGGAUGCUGCAAGAUCGGAGGGUGCUCGUGUGGGCUGCCUGUCCGCGCCGAUCACAGCCAGCACCUUCUCCGACUCCUCCUUACUCAUCAGCUACGACACCAGUGAGCAGUUUGACCUGUGCCUGAGCAACGAGGUUUUAAAACCAAACCUGAAGCUUCUGCUGGAACAGCCGCUCACCGUGGAGUACCUCCGGGUCGUGAAAAAAAAGCUGGAGCAGAUUUACCCGUCGGGGAUCCCGGAGGAGCAGCUGAAGCUGUUAGGGACACUGUCCCGCCAGUACACGGCAGAGGAGAUCAGCUGGUGGCCGGUGACAUCCAGUGACACACUCUUGGCCCUGCUCGACCCCUCGGAUGGCAAGUGGGAGGCUCCCCAGGUCCAGCAGCUGCUCAGCAGGUACCUGGCCCUGAGGGGCACCUUGACCGGGCCCUUGCUUCAGAAAAUCGGUGGGAGAAACCUGUGCAAUCUGCAGGAGGAGCAGAUCAGUCAAAUAUCUCCAGAGGCAAUCAGGACUGCUGGACAAUUAAACAUUUCUUCUUGCUCUCAAACCAAGAAGGACCAACUCUACAGAAAAGCCCAGGAGGCCUUUGCUGGCCAGGCUGGCAGCACCAGGGCGUAUUAUUGCCAGAUUUGGCCAUACCUGGGUGGAGCUCCAGCGAAGGACCUGAAAGACUUGGCUAAAGCCGGCGUUGCCAUAGAUAUGGACAUAGACACCUUUCUCGCCCUAAAUCCCGAAGAACUGCAGAAACUCAGUGUCACGGACGUGAAAAAUUUGCUUGGGGAAAACCUCCCUUACCUGAAGGAAGCUGAAAAUGAGACCUCGGUGAUGCGCUGGCUGAAGAGACAGUCCCAGCGGGAACUGGACUGUACCCUGGGAAUCGGCCUGCAAGGGGGGACGGCGGAGCCCAGCCCCACGGGGACGGCCACCCCUCCUCACCCCACCACCUCGGCCAGUAUCACCCCCACGGCCGCUGUCCUCCCCACUGUCCCCACCCCUAUUGCCAUUAGCAGCCACCCUACUACUAAUUCAAGUAGCGGCCCCCACAAGCCCCCCACCCCAAGUGCUAUCAGCCCGACCCCCCCUAACAGCACUCCCCCACGUGCUUACACUGCUGCCCCCACUGCUGCUGUGAGCCCCGCUGCCACCUCCACCGCCCGACCCGCUCUGACCACCGGCUCCGUCGUCCCAUGCUCCAUCCACCAGUCUGCCACCUCAAAUAAGGCCACCCCCCCCGCUGUCACCCUCCUCACCACCGUCCUUGCUGCUGUCAACCCCAAUGCCACCUCUCCCAGCUCCGUCCCACCCCCUGCUCUCACACACGGGGCCACCACCACCACCAGCGUUGUUACUAGCCCGGCUGUUACCACCCGCAACACCAGCACUCCACUGGGGUCCGUGAACCCCCCAGCACCUGGGGGUACAGCCAACCCUGCUCCUGCCACCCGUAACACCGCCACCCCGAGCACCCACAAUGCUCCCAGCACCCUUCUCCCUAACUCCCCCUCUGCACCCGCCGCCACCGCAGCCACAGAAACGAACCUCCCACCCCACAAGCCCACCCCGAUUCUCAACUCCACCGUCUCCACCCAAGAGAGCGUCAUCUCUUCAACGCCCAAGACUACAACAUUGGCUUGCAAGACCAGUGCCCCUCCGGCAUUUCUCGGCCCCUCUUCCACCACCACCAGCAGUGAGACCACUAAAGAAACACCCGCAGGCGUGCCAGAGCCACCGAGACCAACACCCGGCGGAUACAUCAACCUGCAACCCGAACCUGGAUCAGGAACCAGACUCUCCUCCUGCCUGGUGCACAUACUGACUACAGCUGUGGGAAGCUCACUGCUGCGAGCGCUUCUCUGA